AUGAGUGACAGUUUUGCCCCCGAUGCUACUGUUACGAAUCGAAGCCUACCCUGCAUAAUAAAUCAAUGUGAAAUCACCGACAGAUUCAUUCCUCAAAUAAAAGAUCAUAUGGAUAUUUUUGUUAAAUCACAUUUACCUGAUUUCGCUUAUGAAAGGACAAGGAAAAAAGCAGAUGCCCAAACCCAGGGUUCUGCGCUCAGCUUAUAUCAACCGCAAUUAUUUAUGUUACAAAAUGAGCACUUCCUAGUUACCCCCAAUAUCGAACCCAUUAAUUUUUCCCAGAGGUUAAUAAUUUCCCAAAAUGAAUCUGUGGUUAGCAAUAAAACUCGUGAACUCAAGUGUCCGCUCAAAUUCCAUGGAACACAGCGAGAACAAAUUGCCACUGCAUUGGGAUUUGAUUGCUCAAGAAUAUUAAGCUUUAGAACAAAGAGAAAUACUUCAAAAUAUAAAUCAUCAAUUCAAUUUCCAGGGUUAAGUUCUAAAUUCAUAAAAAAGGAUGAUUAUUUAAAACAUAAUAAAAAGGAGACAGCUGUUUUGAAGGAUAUAGCAUUCAAAGUGUUAGAUGCACCAGGUUUAAGAAAUGAUUACUAUUCUAAUACUGUGUGUUGGUCAAAAGAUUCAAGCAUACUAGCAGUUGGUUUAGGAUCAUCUCUUUAUACUUGGAGCGAAGGUACUGGAACCUUAGCAAUGCAAAAAUUAAAUAAUGAAAUGAUCUCAUCCAUGUCAUAUAACUACGGAGGCAUUUUGGCAUUGGGAACAAAAGGAGGAAAUAUUGCCGUGUACGAUAAGGGCUCCAGAUUGAUAUCAGAUACAUGUAUCUUUAGAUCAAAAACUGGAAUCUCUUGCAUUAAAUGGUUACAUAACCAGGAGUAUUUUUUUGCAGGGAAUGAUACAGGUGAAAUUGGCUUAUUCGAGUUUAGAAAAGCCAUCUCCAAUACACCCGGCGGUACGGAAUAUAAUCUUGUUAAACUUGCCACUUUUUCCUGCAAUCGCCAACAAAUCUGUGGUAUUGACGUCAACUAUAAAAACACACAAAUGGCCGUAGGAUGUAAUGAGAACAAGUGUACAAUAUAUGAUAUCAGUAUACCCACAAGAAUUGUUCGAAUGCAUUCCCUUGAGCAUAAAGCAGCAGUUAAGGCAGUUGCAUUUUGUCCAUGGAUGCCCACUCUAUUGGCUACUGGUGGAGGAAGCAAGGAUCGAAGUAUUAGAUUUUGGCAUACGACUUCUGGUACGUUGGUUAAAUGUUUUGAGACUAAAGGUCAAAUAACAUCGUUGAUUUGGUCUACAUUUAAGAAGGAGUUAUUGGCAACAUUUGGAUUUGGAAGUUCUGGGUCGGAGAAUAUUUUAAUAGAGGUUUAUUUAUAUCCUUCUAUGAAACUCGUGAAGAGGGUUGAAAGUAUAUCUGACAUGAGAGUAUUGACAGCUGAUCUAUCUAAUGACCACAAAUCUAUUUGUACUGGUUUAAGUGAUCAAUCGGUAAGAAUUUACUCAAUUUGGAAUGCCAAUGUUAGUAUCAAAACCGGAGUAUACGACAAAGAUAUUUUUGAAAGCAAAUUGAUUGAGCUUGCAGAGGGUAUUAAUUACAAUUAUGAGGAUAUACGAUGA